CUUUCGCCAGUAAUUAUCAUCAUGUCAUACGAAAGCUGGCUGGCAUUAAUAAAAAGUGCGGAUAAAUCAUCUAUUAUCCAAGGAAAUGUGCGGAAAGUUCACUACCGGUUUCCCGAUGGAAGGGAAAUGGCUGAGGAAUACAGUACCGAUACCGGUGUGGUUCUGAGGCGUGCCUGGAAAAACAAGACCGUUCUAAUGCAGAAAGAGGAAUGGACAAUUGAGCUUGGUGAAUCAAUACCUGUAGGAUUGAAGGAAAAUGAGCUAAUGCUGAAAGAAUCCUGUUCUGAGCCUAUCCUAUCGAAAAGAGUUACACGAAACGCUAUCGAAUGGCGAAUCAGAAAUCUACCCUAUCCUCUUUCCACUUACAUGAUAACGUGUGACGAAAAUGAUGGGACCGUGGUCGUGAGAACUUGCAACAAGAAAUAUUUCAAGAAAAUAGAAGUGCCGGAAUUAAAGCGAUGCAAUAUCGUCCCAAAACAGGAUGGUUUGAAUGUGGUUCAUAAGAAUUGUACCCUGAUAAUAACGUACAAAAAACCACCAAUCUUGUUGGAAAUGGAACGAGCCGUAUUAACAACACUACAGGACGUGGAGACUAUUGAGUACAAUAGUUACCAGGGUGAAGAUAUGCUAAGUCAUCUUAUGAUACAAUAAAAAAAUCCUAGAGA